ACGAUCGCUGCUGUUGCAGGGGGAGCAGUCGGUGCAGUGGCCUUGGCUCCUGUUGCUCUGGGGGCCGUAGGUUUCACCUCAGCUGGAAUAGCUGCAGGCUCCUACGCUGCAAGCAUGAUGUCUGCUGCUGCAGUGGCUAAUGGAGGCGGAGUGGCAGCAGGAGGCAUGGUGGCUGUUUUACAGUCAGCAGGUGCAGCCGGGCUGUUGGGGGCUGCCACUGCGGCUGUGGGCAGUGUUGGAGCUGCUGCAGGAGCAGGACUGAAAUGGCUAGGAGGUCUCAUUUUCAAGGACAAAGAAGACGAUGAAGACGAUGAAGACAAAAAGAAGUGUAGGAAUGGAAACUCACUAAACCCUUUCCUUCCUUCUCUAAGCAAUAUUUUACUUUGUUGAAAGAUCUAAAUAAGAGUAACUGAAAUUAACUUAAUUAAAAUGCAUUUCAAAGUUUCUGCUGGCUCCAGUGUUUUUAAAAUUUGUAAUGGUACAAAAGAUUAUUUAAAGAUUUAAUCCUCACACAAUAAACUGUAAUAACACAAUCUCCCCCCCCCCCUUUUUUUUAAGGAUGUGCAGAUGUUUUUUAAUGUUCUACACUAAAAUUUUCAUAUCAAUUGAUUACCUUAUUGUAGGAAAUUGUAGUUCUAAAUUUCAGAAUGUUGUUAAUGCCUUUGUCUUCACUAAGGUGAGUCUGAUUUAUUUAUUUUUUAGCUUUCAGGUGCUCGUGUUUUGAUUUCUUAAAGCCUUGCACCCGUUUCCAUAAUCUUACCAGCAGAUGAGCUCAGUGCAUGUAUUAUGAGGAGUCUUUGUGCGGAGAUUAUUGUAAACUUUCUGGAAGCUGAGGCAUUCGUGGGCUCUAUAACUCAUUCUACUUUCUUUGCUUUCCCUGUUUUGUAUUUUGCGUUUUUGCAUAGCACUGGGUGAAGCUGGUAUUUGAUCCCCUACAACCCAGUCAGAAUUUUGGCACAUUUUCUGGACUUUUAUGGAGUGGUUGAUAUUUCUGCAUUACAUUAUGAUGUUUAAAAUAAAAACAAUUAUGCUUUUAUUUUGCAUGGAUUUUUAUUUUCACAUUAAAUUCAGAAAAUUUCUUCGUAUCAGUCUUGGGUUCAGAUCAAACAGCUUCAUGCUCUACAAUGAUACCUAAAAAUGAUGCAUUCAAAAUAGCAGUGAUCUUAAUCCACCAUAUAUUUAACUUAAUUUUCAAAUUUUGCUUUAAACUGAGUGUCUGACGUUUCUAAAAUGAUGCUUCAUUUGAGAUCUGUCACAUGACUAAACAUCUGGUAUUUGUUCAUAGUGUAAAUCUUAACGUGUUCCAGUCUGGUUACAAAUGGUUGAGAGCAGCCAACCCACUGUUCCUCCAGCACCAGCAACACCCCCAAUGCCAGCUCCCGUCAGACCUCCCAUACCUACAGACUGCAGGGUUGCUAUGAGACCUCCUGCUGCAACUCCUCCUCCAUUAGAAACUGCAAAAUAUGACAUCAGUUUGGCAGCAAUGGAGCCUGCUGCUAUUCCAGCUGGAGUGAACCCCAGUGCAGCCAGAAUGGCUGGAGCCAGAGCCACAGUGCCAGCACCUCCUGAAUAUUAUUUUACAUAUAUAUUGGAAAGAUUUUCAAAUAAGAAGUAACAAGAACCAACCUUAGUUACAAAAAGUUUAUUGUGAAAUGUAAAUAAAAACAGAAGACAGUGAUGUGGUCCUGCCAUGAAAUUUAAAAUGAGCUAAUGUCAUUUCUUGAAAUAGUAAAAUGUUUUAGUUGUUCAACUGUAAAUAAAGUUUAUGUUCAUAAGACUUGCAUUGCAUUGUGGGUUGCGUGAAAGCGGUGAAUCACGUCAUCUGACAGCUUACCUCCGACUAUAACGACUCCCUUGAAAGACAAAGAGUGAACAAAAUCGCGCAUGGAGUAAGAAAUUCAUUAAAUUACACUGCAUGAAAAAUAAUAACAUAAACAGUAAAAUAUGAAGGAUUUACAUAUUUCUUCCCAGUCCAUGAUAUGUCCACAUUCAGAUGAUACAGAGAGUGUAUCCGUAGUUAUGCCCAGAUAUCCACAGUGCAGUGGUAUAUUUUGUCCAGUGCAUCCCCCCCUGCCUUUUUAUAAUUAUUGAUAGAAGUUUCACUUUCAUUUCUCAGUAAAUGAUACUAACUGCCCACACGUGACAAAAUACACCACUGCACUGUGUGGGGUCACAAUUUCAAGAGGUUGUGUGAGCAAUUCCUCAGGUUAGAAGAAGGUUGAUUUCAGCUCCCAAAUUCCAAUUAAAGUCAAAAACCACAAAAAUCACAGGAGAAGAGCAGAGGUCUAUGCCAGCUGUUUUAUUCAACAGUGAAGUUCAGCAAAAAGAAGGAAAAGCAAAAGCUCCCCUAGGGUGUGUGCCGUAGGCGCAUGCAGGUUGGGACCAACCCCAAUGGACAGACAGCAGGGAAAAGCUUCUGUCUCCUUCUUAUGGGCCAGUAACCCCACCUCCUGCUGCUGGGUAACUUUCCACUUGUCCUCCAGCCAAAAGCAGCAGAGCAGGGUCAGGUACCGACCAAGAUACAGGCAGGGGCCAGUCAGGACUCUGGCUAAGGGCCGUCUGCAGAGGGGCACCCUUUGAUUAACCCUUUGCUUUGCCUUAUCACAGUUGGUCACAUCAUGGUCAAAAGUCACACAUUAACAUACAUCAGCAAGUAGCAUAAUCUUAUGACAUUACUUCUGACUGCAGACAGGUGUUGAUUUUGCUACAUGCGAACAAAUAUCUGAUGAUGUUUAUUGCAGAUAUGCAGUAUACACGUCAUUCAAAAAAUCCACAACAACUAUGCUGCUUCUGGGUAAAAAUAUUAUCAUUGUAUUAGUAUUUAGUUACUUGUAUUUUCCUACCAUACACAAUAGUAGAGACAUACAUUUGAAUAGCCCAUAAAGUCCAUACAAGCUCUGCAUAAUAACCUGUCUUUUGUUCAUUUAUAGUUCAGGCAAAAUCACAGAAAUACACCACUUAAUGUGUGAAAGCAUAAUAAAUGGAUGGAUGGAUGUCAACCCCCUGAGAUCCAACCUCAGAAUCACUUUCAUUUCCCAAGAAACAACAGCUGACCCUCACACUUGUAU